AUGAACACCUCCAUCCAAUCUCCAUCGAAUCAAGAUCUGAUGCAACGACCAAUGGAUUUCGCAGGAGAACACCACCAUGCUAUACGGACUGCGGGAUCUGGGACUAUGACAGAGGCAGCACAAAGCACACGCAAUGUUGACCUGUCACCUGAGGCACCCUGCAGUGACCCGAUAAGGCUAUCCACAAGUGCAACCUCCAAUUGUGAACAACCCAGCCUUUUGGGAAUGUCUCGGAUCCGACAACAUUCCGACCGAUACUUUAUUUUUCGCAUUUUAUUAUCAAUAGACAUGGUGUGGAUAUGUGAAUACAAGUUCCUGAGGAGUCACAGCUACUGUUCAGGGCUUCUGUAUCAUCAUUGGAGUGUUGUUAUUUAUCGGGAUCAGAUGAUGGAUCUCCCUAUCUUAAUAAAGAAUGGAUCACUGAUCCAGAAACCAUACGAUAUUAGAAACAAAGUCAAAACAGUUAUCUGUACAUCACAUAUGUAA